UCUGGCAUCCGUGCGGUUUAGUGGCAAAGUUUUCGUCGGUCUAAUUAAUUAUUGAAAAGUAUUAAAAAGUGCAUUUAGUGGAAGUACAAUAAAAAGUGUUCAUCACACUAUCUAUAUGUGAAUUACUAUUAUUGCAAAAGUGAUAAAUUUAUUAAAGUGUCUAAUGUUACGUUUGCAGAAAUAUAUUAAAAUAAAGUUUUCGUAGGUAUUAACAUAAAAUGGCGAUAUUGAUGAUGACUUUGCACAUAGGAGCGAGAGAUAGUGUUGUUUGUAUAACUAAAGGUUGACUCAGUUUAUGAAGGUUUUAAUUUAAAAGUGAGCGUUUGAGAAAUCCUGUUGGCAGGUAUAAUAUGUUGAGGAAUUUUCUUCUUUACGAUAUGCUUGAAUGAAUCUACUGGUAAUGUUUCACGAAAAACGAAACUGUUCAUAAAACGAAGCAGCAAAGAAAACCUUUUAACAAUUUUUUUUAUCCAACUUUCAUCUAGUUUUAUAUGGUCAUUGCCUUAAAAGUGCAAUGCUGGAAUGAAAUAUAAAUUCAAAUAGCCAAUUCGAGCCAAAACUCAAUCUUCUUGAAUUUUAAAUAUAUAAUAUGCUAGCAGAAAUUUGAAAACAUAAUUUUAUUUACCUUGACAACCGGUAAUAUCGAUAAAAUAAAUAACGGUUAAGUAAACGAAAUGCCAAAUCGGUCUCAUGCUUAAAGCAGUGAAGUAAAAGUGAGUGAAAAUCUUCAAGUGUGGAUAAAACUAGAAAAAAUGGAAAAAUUUUAAAAUGGAAAAGCGCAAAUCACGAGUAAUUCACAUUUAAAUGCAGAAUCAAGAAAGUGAAACGGAAAACAAUGAAAUCAUGGAAAAAUCAGAAAAAUGUGCAAUCAAAGAAAACAAUAAAGCUUUCGAGGAAACACAAAAUGCACAAACAAAUAAAGGGAAUGUAGAGGAUAUGAGAGAAGGUAAAGUUGUUAAAGUUGAUGAAACAGUAGAAGAGUGUGGUGGUGAUAAUACUGAAGAGAAAAAAAUACGUAACACAGAGAAUAUUGAAGAUUUAAUGGGAAAUAUCAGCACCCAACAGCUUAUAGAUGAAGUGAAGACUGAAGAGUCUGAUGUACCCUGUGACACUGCUUUUAAUGUACGCAUUACUGAAGAGAAAUUGAAUACUGUUUGCAUAGAGUGGGAUUUGUUGGUUAGCGCCGAGGUAUAUAAAAUAGAAAAAUAUCAUCGUAGAUACGGCUGGCAGCAAAUGGCGUGGAUUGGCCAACCGCCGGCGACUUUAGAAAAUUUAGCUGAAAAUUUCACCUAUCGGCUACGCAUCAAGGCACAGCGAUUUUGCACCGAAAUUGGAUUAUUUGUAGACUAUAAAGUAUCGCCAGACUUUUUGGUUACUACCUUACCACCAUUGCCAACAACACUCAGCCUACACCGAGCCAUUAAGAAAGGUCAACAGUUUUUGGUGAAGCGCAUAUUGCGACGUCGCCCCAGUUUAUUGGAAUAUCCAGGACCUAAUGGCUAUUUGCCGCUGGCUAAUGCUAUAAUUAGCGGUGAACACUGCGUCACAGAUGUGCUGUUGAGUCAUGGAGCCAGUGUGCAUAUCGGUAAUCCGCUUAACGGACGUACGCCCUUGCAGCUCGCCUUCUAUCACGGCCGUUUGGCGGUGGCGCGCAUACUGCUAAAUCGUAAGGCUCAACUUGAGGCAACUGACAUUAAUGGUAUGACUGCUUGUCACUUUGCCGUCGACGCCAAUCAAUUGGAGCUGCUUAGAUUUGCACUGGAAAAUGGUGGCAAUGUGAAUGCUAAGGACGCUUGCGGCUGGUCCUUGUUGUCACGUGCAGUCGUUAUGGGCGCUGACGUUUGUGUUCUGAAGCUGUUGUUGACACACGGUGCAGAUGCCAAGUCCACGGAUAAACUUGCCAAGACUUGUAUGGAUUUGGCGAAAAUUUACAAGAACUUUAUAGCUGCAGAUUUUUUGGCAAAGGCUUUAAGGCCGAAGUAGUUCGGGAUU